GCAUUCCACCCCAUCACAUUGACUUCCUUCCGUGCUUGCGAGUGUUGUUCUGAUACAAAACCCCUCUUGUCAACUUCGAGUCAUCUUUAAUCAUGCUGUGGCAUAUUUCAAAAUGAAUGGGGAAGCAGAACGUCCCCAGUUGACCGGCAAUGGAUCAUACGAUCCGUCCUGUUUACCCGAUUACGACAAUGACUUCAUCGACCGCGAGGACCUUGAAUCAUUUGCAAAUGCGCUUACAGCACCCACUACCGAGCCUCUGGUAGCUCUCAAUGACUGGGGACCCAUCCGGCAGAGAGUGAAGAGAGCUCGAGUUCGACGCAAGGUGCCUAGAAGGUCCAAGGAUGAGACUCGGGAGGGGUUUGUGUACAGCUUACUGUACUACCCUUUGUUGUUCGUCGUGUGUGCCUGGAUCGUCUUUUUAUUCAUCAUUUACAACCUCACUCGCUUUUACAUUUAUGCAUAUGAGCACCUUUUCACCUGGACUGGCCGGCGAGAAAGACUACGCCGACAGUUACAACGAGCUGACACGUAUGAGGAGUGGAAAGACGCUGCUAAUCAGCUUGAUGAAUACCUUGGGAACGAAGAAUGGAAACAACAUGAUCAAUAUUCUUACUACAAUCACCAGACAGUUCGCAAAGUCACCGCUCAAUUGAUCGAGCUUCGACAAAAAGCCGAGACUGAGACGGAGAACGGCCGAAGUGGACUCAGUGGCUCUAGUGCUGCCUUCGAUGAGCUCAAGGCACUACUCGAAAGCUGCGUCAAGAACAACUUCGUGGGUAUCGAGAAUCCCCGCUUGUAUAGUGAAACCUACCUCGGCACCAAAGUCUUGAUCCAGUCAUUCGUUGACGAGGUGGAGAGGAGCUUGAAAUUGGUCCUCGAUUCGAAAGAGCUGACGGACAAAGACAAAGCUGUCUUCUUUCGACAUCUGGAACUCAACUAUGGUCGUACAGCAUUAUGCCUGUCUGGAGGAGCGACCUUCGCUUACUACCAUUUUGGCGUUAUCAAGGCCCUCCUCGACGCAGGACAGCUACCUGAGAUCAUCACUGGGACAUCGGGCGGUGCGCUAGUUGCGGCUUUGGUAGCUACCAGAACUGAUGAAGAACUCAAACAGCUCUUGGUGCCGGCACUUGCCCACCGCAUUCGAGCCUGCCAUGAAGGGUUUGCAACGUGGGCUCGCAGAUGGUGGCGCACCGGCGCCAGAUUUGAUUCUAUAGAUUGGGCCAAGCAAUGCAGCUGGUUCUGUCGGGGAUCGCUGACCUUCAAAGAAGCCUUCGAGAGGACUGGCCGUAUCUUGAACGUCUCUUGUGUCCCAUCCGAUCCGCAUUCCCCUACCAUUCUCAACAACCAUAUCACGAGUCCCGAUUGCGUGAUUUGGUCAGCUGUACUUGCUUCCGCCGCUGUACCUGGAAUCCUCAAUCCUAUUGUUCUCAUGCGAAAGACGCGCGAUGGUCAAUUGGUCCCAUACUCUUUUGGCAACAAGUGGAAAGAUGGUAGUCUGCGUACCGAUAUUCCCCUCAAAGCGCUCAACCUCCACUUCAAUGUCAACUUCUCUAUUGUCUCUCAAGUCAACCCGCAUAUCAACCUCUUCUUCUUCUCACCGAGGGGUUCGCCAGGAAGACCUGUCACUCAUCGCAAGGGUCGUGGUUGGCGAGGUGGCUUCCUCGGCUCCACUAUCGAAACAUCUGUCAAAUUGGAUCUACAGAAAUACCUGAAGAUUUUGCGACAUCUCGAAUUGUUGCCUAGGCCGAUGGGUCAAGACUGGAGCGAAAUCUGGUUGCAACGAUUCUCCGGUACCGUGACCAUCUGGCCAAAAACAAUAGCCAGUGAUUACUGGAACAUACUAAGCGACCCAAGUCCGCGAAGACUGGAUCGUAUGAUCCGUGUCGGGCAACGAAGUUGUUUUCCUAAGGUCCGCUUCAUCUCAAAUCGCAUGAAAGUUGAAAGAAUCAUUCUCGAGGGCCUGCGCCGCGGCGGACCGAUAGACGACAGUCACCGUGUGCCAAACCCCGUUCAUGAACAACAAGCACAAGAAGCCCUUCUCCGUGCCAGGAGACAACCGGACAGUCUACGACCUGACGGAUAUGAUGAGGAAGCCGAGGGUCGAACUACUCGCCGUCAAAGUAGUAUUUUGGCGGAGCUCACCCGACAAGCUUCAGUAUUCUGGCAGGAUGAGAGUCAUACAGAAGGCGAAGAGGAUGUAAUCGAGUCACCAGAUGAGGCCGAGGAGGAAGUGUAUGAUAUGCAUCGAGAAUGAUGCCGUUGGUGUGUCCUGGACAGCUGUAUUCUUGGUAGAAGGUACAAAAUGAAUCGAUUACAGCGAGCAUUGAAUUGCGAAGUUGGUAGAAGAGUGUCUGGU